GUUUAAAGAAUAGUUCGGGUGUAAAUCCUUUGUGGACUAUUUAACAACGAGUGACACAAUUUGAGAUCGCAGUGGCUUUAAUCUUUAAAAAUCUUUAAAAAUAACCUAGCGGGUUAAAACCACAAUCUGCAUGGUGGACACCAACUGACGCUGUUUACAGCAACGCACAGUGACAUGGACGACGACGUCAACAGCACCGCCUUCGCGUGCGGCACCACGCCGUACUCCUUGGACACGGUGGCGACCCUGGGCAUGAUCGACACGGCGUUCUCCUGCAUCAUCGUCAACGUCAUCGCCCUCGUCGGGACGUUCGGGAACGUCAUCAACGUCGUCGUGCUCGCCCACCACGGCUUCAGAGACAGCACCAACGUCCUCCUGCUGUCCAUGUCCGCCGUCGACAUGCUGUUCCUCAUCACCAGCAUCCCCAAGAGGCUGGUCUGCGUGCUGUCCAAGUACGACGUCUACCGUUCGCUGAUCCUGAACGCUUACGUCACAGCCUACCUCUGGAUGCCCAACCGGUACUGCGGCCUCGUCUCGUCGGGUCUCGUGACGUUCGUCUCGCUGGAGCGGUUCGUCGCCGUGCACUUCCCGCUCACGGUCUCCGUGGUGAUAACCCCGGGCAGGACGCUGGCGGCCGUGCUGCUGCUCUUCGCGUUUUGGGGCGUGAUGUCGGGGCCUUUCUUCGGGCUCUACAACAUCGCGUGGCUCCACGACGUGCGCUCAAAUUUAGAACUACCCCAGAUCAUCUUGGCGAACUUUGUCGCAAAGGAUUCGGAAAGUUUCAACAUCUUGAACCUGAGCCUGGCUGUCAUCCGGGGACCUGUCUCGGUGUUAGUCAUCGUCAUCAACUCAGGAGCGAUUUCCAGACGGCUUUACCAGGCGACGAAGAAGAUGACCGGAGGUGCGUCUAUCUUGAGAAACAAUCGUGACGUCAGGGUGGUUAAAAUGCUUCUGGUGGUGACCUCGGUUUACGCGGCGAUAGGCAUCCCGCUGUCGGCGCCGUACAUCGCCUACUACAUCUACCCGGAGAGCGGGGUCAACCGCGACGGGACCCUGACCGCGACCUCCAUCUUGCUGGAGAUCGUCAACGACUUCCUGUACGUCAUCAACGCGUCGGUGAAUUUCGUAAUCUACGUCACGAUGAGCAAGAAGUUUUGCAACACAUACAUUUUGGUGUUUUCACGGUUUAGGCUAGGAAAUUUUCGGCAUAAGAAGAAAUGUGGCUACGACUGA